AUGGCAGCAGUAAUUCAACGCCCUUUGCGAGGCUCGCGCGUCGCCACUUUCUAUCCCGUAAAAACACUGCCCUCGCUCGCAUCCCUCGACAGCGCCUUCCAGCUCCAGGAGUACAUCUCCCUCCUCAUCCGCCUUGACGUGCACGACGUGGACGCCAUCGUCUCAUUCCCCGGCACCCUGCACAAAGACAAAGACUCGCCGAGCGACAAGGACACAGAAUCCAAGAAUGAAGUUACAGUUGACGAGGGCUGCUGGAUAUACGAGCAACUGAGACGGCUUGCACAGGACCUGUCACACCCACUCAUCACGACGCUGCAGCAAGAAUGCACGCGUGCGUCGUGUCCAGAGAUGAAGGCCGGCGAAUGGCUGUAUCUGUGCGUCGCCCACGGAAACGACGGCGCCAUGGAGCAAUGCUGCGCAAUCGACUACAUACUACACACCGUAGACAGUGCUACCGCCCUGCUUAACUCUCCCCGUACAUUCCCUUCAAGACUGUCCAUCCCCCAGACCUCGCACCGCCACUUUUCCUCCCUCGCCCGCCGCCUUGGCCGCAUCUUCGCCCAUGCCUACUUCCACCACCGCGAGGCCUUCGAGCAGGCCGAGGCCGAAUCAUCACUGUACGCCCGGUUCCUCGCCCUCACCGCCAAAUUCGACCUCGUCCCAGCCGAGUUCCUCGUCAUUCCCCCAAGUCACUUUGCCCACGAGGACACCCGCGAGCGAGAGCGAGAGCAUGCAGGGUAUGAGUACGGGGACCAAGGGAGGGGAUACCAGCAGCAACAAAGGGAACGAGAGAGGGAACAAAUCCAACCGCCAAAUAAAUUCACCCAGCAGGAACAGCUGGGCGUGGGCGGACCCACACACGCACAACCCCCCGCACCUAGCACGAACGACUCCAACACCACCUCACCCAGCCCGAAUGGCGGUAUAGGCGAGAGCCCCAGCUCAGCCGCAGCGUCGCGCUCGCGCUUCGGGAGGAACCGCACAGACACAAUGGUCUUCGCCGAUGCAGAGGCAAGCGCCAUUGCCGAGGAGCUCGCUGCAAAGGCGCGUGCGGGGCUGCUCGAGCCAGACUAUGUAGAUGUAGAAACUAAGACCGCGUCUUCGGGACCUGAACAUGAGUCGGAAGCGGGACAGCAGGAAGGGGAGGACGCGGAUGAUGCGGAUUUGGACGGCGACACGCAAUUUGAGAUCUCGCUCAGUCCAGAGGAGGAGAUUGGUCCGGGCGCAGGUGGCUUUGCGGAGACGGAUAUCGGGGACCUGCCGAUUCACAUCGAGAAAAACCAGGCUCCUAGCCCGGAUGUCCCUGAACCUGUCGUUGAGCCUGAACCUGAGCCUGAAACGCAGGAGGCGCCGUCGAAUGACGUCGACGAGAAGAAGCCAGUUGAAGAGGAGGGCGGUGCAGUUCCUGUUGUUGAGGAAGCCAAAACGUCGAAGGUCGACGAGCACGUUCCCUCUGAAGCCGUCGAAGAGAUUUCCGAGGCUGAACCGGAACGCGCUACCUCACCCUCUGCUCCACCGCCUUCAGAAGACACUCCGGCGCCGGCGUCACCAACAGCGCUCGCAGCCGCAGCCGACGAGCUGCACGAAAUUGUUCACGAAGUCAAAGAGGAGGCUACGUCGAGCACUGACGCGUCUUCAUCCGAACACCCUGCCACUGUCGAAUCUGAAAGUACUAAUGCUGGGUCGGGGAAAGAGGCGGAGACAGAGACUCCGGAAACUGCACCGGCGGAUGCUGGUGAGUCUGCUUCUGAAGUAGCGCCACCGUCGCAGAAUACAGAGCCUGAAACGCCUGCACCUGCACCUGCACACGCUGACGAGGCGGAGGGCGCGGAACCCUCAAAACUAAAAACGGCGGAACCGGAACACGAAAGCGGAACGUCUGAACACGCCACUGACCAGACUGGCCAGCAAGAGCAAGAGCACGAGCACGAGCACGAGCCCAAAUCUUACGCUGAAGCAGCGUCCAAACCCGAGUCGGACAAAGAGGAAAGUCAACACGCUGUCAGCGAUACCACAAGCGAAUCGACAGCGAAGGGUUCAGAGGCGCCAACUAAUACUACUACUGGUACUGAGGCCUUGGAGGUCAAGGACGAUAUCGCAUCUCAGGCGCCUUAG